AUAACAGAAUAUUACGUUACAAUUUGCGCUUAUUGAAAAUUGCGACUCCGUCCGAAUCAGUCAUCAUUAUAUCACCGUACUAGCUUACGCGACGAACCUCAUACUUAAGGUUGAUAAUAUUGCGUAUAUCAUACAGUAAUAAUGGCGAUGAAAAUUAUUCGAAAAAUUAUAUCAACUGCAAGAGCACCAAAAUCGGCCGGACCAUAUAAUCAAGCUGUCCUAGUCGACCGAACCGUUUAUCUUUCUGGAGUACUUGGGCUUGAUAAGGAUUCUGGGAAGCUGGUCGAUGGUGGGGCAGCCGGAGAAGCUCGUCAGGCACUCGUCAAUAUGGGGUGUAUUUUAAAGGAGGCGGGUUCCGACUUUGAGAAAGUUAUAAAGACGACUAUCCUGCUCAACAGUAUCGAUGAUUUUUCUGCUGUAAACGAAGUUUAUAAGGAAUUUUUCACAAAGGAUUAUCCAGCAAGGUCCACAUUCCAGGUUGGGAAGCUACCAUUGGGGGCGAAGGUUGAAAUCGAGGCAAUUGCAUUGACUGGUGAAGUGAAAACGGUCGGUGGAUCUUCAAGUGCCAGUUGACUGAAAUCAGCAAAGCUCUGAAUAUGGAGGAAAAUCUGACGCAGAAUUUUUUCGAACGUCAUCUUCCUAGGCUUUAUUUUUCUGCAUUUCGUAGUUCCAAGAAAAAAUAAUAAACUGUAUACAAAAAAAAAA